UCUUCCUUUCCUUCUUUUUUCUUCUUUUUCUUCUUCUUCUCCUCUUUACCUACUUAUACGAUAAUCUAAACGAACAAAAGAAGAAACGAUGUUUCCUCCUACUUCUUUUGCGAUGAAACCAAUAGAAAUACCUUGCAUGAACACCAUCAAACAAGAUGAUUUAUUUUCUUUAUGGCAAGUGUUUUCAAAAAAUAAAUCAAAUUUAGAAAAUACAAAACGAUUAGAAAAUUUCAGUUGGAGGCUAUGGUAUCAUGAAUCAUUACAACAUCAAAUCCCAAUACCCGUAACAUCCAACAAUUCAAGUUUAUCGUCACAUUCUACAUUAGGACCACAAACUCCAUUACCAGUAAAAGAAGAACAAAAACGAAUAAGCAAGUUUUAUUUGGAUGAUUCAGAAGAUGAUUUAGAUGAUGAUGAUUUAGAUGAUGAAGAAUUAUGGAGUACAGUUAGUACCAAAGAUGAUUAUUUAGAACAAGCUUAUCAACAUGAUUUUGAUCCACCAACACCUAAAAAGGAAAUGACUCCGGACAACCAUCUAUUUAGUUCCACACAUGUACAAAAAAAACCAACUUAUUGUUCAUUACUCUCACGUUUAUUUCAAUCUUCCAGUAUUAAGGAUAAUAAUAAUAAUAAUAAUAAUAAUAAUAAUCAUGUUAAAACAGAUCUUCCUCCUCAAUUACAAUCAUGUGUUGAUUGGGAAAGAUCACAAAAUAGAAUUCCAUAUCGUUUAGGAUAUUCAUUACCUUUACCUGAUGAAAAAAAUAUCAUUUGGUAACACAAAAUCAAACUACACACAUUACAUUACAUAUACCCGUUAAAACACAUCCAAUAAAAUAGGAUUCAUUCAAUAGUAUAAUAUUCA